AGCACCGCGGCUUGGCUCAAAGUUUGCGCCGCCCUUGCGCCACGUGCCCGAUGGAUGGGUGAUCGACUGCGGCGGCGGCGGCGGCGGCAGGGUGAGCAAUGGCCAUAUUUGCCGUCGCGGCCCGAGCCAGCGGCAACAAAAAGUGCGCGGGCUCCCGUUGGGCGCUUGGACGGGCGCAGGGAUGUGUGGCCGCCCGGGCCGGGCCUCCUGGGCUCCGGCCUCCGCUUCUUCGGCGCCGCCGCCGCCAAGGUAAGCAAGCCAUCGCACUCGCGGCCUGGCCGGAGCGGCUCGGCUUGGCCGGGCCCGCCCAGGCGUGCCUGCCGCCCGCGGGGAUGUCGUUCAAGCCGAACUUGACCGCGCACAUGCCUGCCGCCGCCACCGCCACCGCGCUCAACGCCGGAAGCGUCCACUCGCCUUCUAUGAGCAUGGCGACAUCCUCCCAGUCCUGCCAGCUGCUGAGUGACUAUGGGCCGCCAUCACUAGGCUACACCCAGGGAACUGGAAAUAGCCAGGUGCCUCAGAGUAAAUAUGCAGAGCUGCUGACCAUCAUUGAGGAGCUGGGGAAAGAGAUCAGACCCACGUAUGCGGGGAGCAAGAGCGCCAUGGAGAGACUAAAACGAGGCAUCAUUCAUGCUCUAAGCCUGGUUCUGGAGUGCUUGGCUGAAAUGGAAUGGAAUGCCAGGUCCUAGCCCCUGGCCAAUGUGAAGGCCCAUCUCGCCACCCCAUGGAGAUGAGAGGCUUUGUUCAAGAUGGCAGUAGCUUUCCUGCCUUGGUCCUUAAGCUCUGAACCCACAUUCAGAAGAUUGGAAGACAUUUGCAGUUACUGAUGAUGUGCAUUUUAAGUAGUUAGGAACGAUCCAGCUCUUUUUUUUCCCAAGCAUUGAUUUGAAAGAUGUUUGUGAAGCCACUCACAGCAAGCUAUUGUUUGCCCCCAAAUACCAGUGUCCCCUUUAAU